AUGAUCAACUACAUGGAUCGCAUCGCCUUAUCCAUUGCCGCCAAGCCGAUUGCAGAGGAGUUUCACCUGACGUCAGUGGGGAUGGGCUAUCUGUUCUCGUCCUUCAUCUGGAGCUACGCGCUGUUCCUGAUACCGGUCGGCCUGUUGAUUGACAAAUAUGGCGUCAAGCGCGUUGGCGGCAUCGGCAUUUUUAUCUGGUCAGUGGCCACGGCCCUCACGGGCGCGGCCUCGAGCUUCGCAAGCCUUUUGACAGCCCGACUGGUGAUGGGCGCAGGUGAGUCCGUCAGCAACCCGGUGGGUGCCAAAGUCAUUCGCGAGUGGAUACCGAGUACAGAGCGUGGAACGAUCACUGCGAUCUUCAACAGCGGCUCCUACGCGGGCCCGGCCAUCUGCUCCCUGGUGCUCGCAGCGCUGGUCGCAGCGUUCGGCUGGCGCGUGUCGUUCAUCAUUGCCGGCGGCAUCGGCUGCCUGUGGCUGCUCGCGUGCGAACAGGAACGCAGCCUGAUCGUCGACGGUCGUGCCACCAACGGUGGCCGCGACGCACAGACCCACGGCCUCAAACAACUGAUCAAGACCCCCACCUUGUGGGGCCUGGCGUUGGCACAAGGGUGCAAUGUCUACACCCAGUACCUGUUCCUGACCUGGCUACCGAGUUAUCUGCAAGACACCCGGCACCUGACGAUUGCCAAGAGCGGCCUGUUCACCGCCAUCCCCUACGCCGUAGCAGUAGUGCUGUGCAUCGGCCUCGGCAAACUCAGCGAUCACUAUCUGAAAAAGGGAAGUGGCGCAGCAUCCGGUAAACGUCGCAACGUCAUUGCCCUCUCGAUGCUUGUCUCCAGCGGCAUCGUGCUGAUUCCUUUUGCACAAGGCAUCACCCAACUCGUGGUCAUUUUUUCUCUGACACUGGCGGGCAUAGCGUCGACUACCUCACUGAACUUUACGCUGCUCAACGAUCUUCUCCCAAGCUCCGGCGACGUGGGCAGAGCCAUGGCCUUCGUGGUGGUAGGAGGGAACAUCUUCGGCAUGCUGGCACCUAUCCUGACGGGCUACCUGAUCAGCGCGACAGGCAGCUACAACAGUGCGUUCGACAUUGCCGCAGGGCUGCUUGUCAUCGGGGCGCUGGCAAUUCUCCUGAUGACCAGAAAGCCCAUGCUUCCAGAAGAGCACCGACGAGCCCGCCCUCUUCUGCAGCCACGCCCGCCUCAUGAAGCGACUCCUUUAACGCGCGGCCAUCGCGGCCAGUUCUUCCCGGUUGCGGGUAAUUACAACGCCUACCUGUUGCAGGUGGUUGACCGCCUGCACGCCGCCCCUCCUCGC